CACAGUGGAGAUCUGCUGGACAUCAGGACCAGAGACGAAUGGAGGAGGACAACCAGGACCAGGAGCAGCGGAGCAACGAGGUCCCCAGAAGACCAGCAGCAGACUGGGCCUCUGAUAGCAGCCACGUUCAGAAACGGAGAGGAAGAGGAGUCAAAUGUCACCGCUGUCAGCACUGUGACAAAUCCUUCACAAAAUCUGGAUAUUUAAAGAUUCAUCAGAGAGUUCACACUGGAGAGAAGCCUUACAGCUGUGAUCAAUGUGGGGCAACUUUUUCUCAGAGUUGUGACCUUAAAACUCACCAGCGCAUUCAUACUGGAGAGAAGCCGUACAGUUGUGACCAAUGUGGAAAAACCUUUUCUCAGAGUAGUAGCCUUAAAACUCACCAGCGCAUUCACACUGGAGAGAAGCCGUACAGCUGUGAACAAUGUGGAAAAACCUUUUCUCAUAGUGGUAGCCUUCAAAGACACCAGCGCAUUCACACUGGAGAGAAGCCGUACAGCUGUGAACAAUGUGGGGAAACCUUUUCUCAUAGUGGUAGCCUUCAAAGAAACCAGCGCAUUCACACUGGAGAGAAGCCGUACAGCUGUGAACAAUGUGGGGAAACCUUUUCCCAGAGGGGUAACCUUAAAACUCACCAGCGCAUUCACACUGGAGAGAAGCCGUACUGGUGUGAACAAUGUGGGAAAACCUUUUCUCAUAGUAGUCACCUUAAAACUCACCAGCGCAUUCACACUGGAGAGAAGCCAUACUGGUGUGAACAAUGUGGGAAAACCUUUUCUCAGAGUAGUACCCUUAAGAGACACCAGCGCAUUCACACUACCUCACAUCGACUCAAACACACUGGAGAGAAGCCGUACAGCUGUGAUCAAUGUGGGGCAGCUUUCACAGAACAGAGUACCCUAAAAAUACAUCAACGCAUUCACACUGGAGAGAAGCCGUACAACUGUGAUCAAUGUGGGGCAGCUUUCACACAACUGAGUACCCUAAAAAUACAUCAACGCAUUCACACUGGAGAGAAGCCGUACAACUGUGAUCAAUGUGGGGCAGCUUUCACACAACAGAAUAACCUAAAAAGGCAUCAACGCAUUCACACUGGAGAGAAGCCGUACAGCUGUGAUCAAUGUGGGAAAAGGUUUUCUGUGAGUGGUAACCUUGAAAGCCACCGCCGUGUUCACACUGGAGAGAAGCCAUACUGGUGUGAUCAAUGUGGGAAAAGGUUUUCUCACAGUAGUCACCUUAAAAUACAUCAACGCAUUCACACUGGAGAGAAGCCGUACAGCUGUGAUCUAUGUAGUAAAACCUUUUCUAGGAGGGAUGGCCUAGUAAUCCAUCGACGUGUUCACACCGGAGAGAAACCGUACCGAUGUGAACAAUGUGGCAAGACCUUUACUUUUAAAAGUGGCUUUAAAUGUCACCAGUGCAUUCACACUGGAGAGAAGCCGUACAGCUGUGAUCUAUGUGGUAAAACCUUUUUUUGGAGUAUUAACCUUAAAGAACACCAGCGCAUUCACACUGGAGAAAAGCCGUUCUGGUGUGAACACUGUGGGGAAAGGUUUUCUCGGAAUAGUAACCUUAAAUGUCACCAGCGCAUUCACACUGGAGAAAAGCCGUUCUGGUGUGAACACUGUGGGGAAAGGUUUUCUCGGAGUAGUUACCUUAAAGGACACCAGCAUGUUCACACUGGAGAGAAGCCGUACUGGUGUGAACAAUGUGGGAAAGUGUUUUCUCGGAGUAGUAGCCUUAAAAGACAUCACCGCAUUCACACUGGAGAGAAGCCGUACAGCUGUGAUCUAUGUGGUAAAAUCUUUUCUAGGAGGGUUAACCUAGUAGUCCACCAGCAUGUUCACACCGGAGAGAAGCCAAAAUAGUCUGAACAAGUACGUUAGCUUUAAAUAAGCAAAGCUACAAAGAGACACAUGAAAGUGCAGCUUCAAGGAAAAAACAACAAUAACUAUCUAUCAACAGUAUCUAGAUAGAUACAGUGAGGAAAAUAAGUAUUUGAACACCCUGCUAUUUUGUAAGUUCUCCCACUUAGAAAUCAUGGAGGGUCUGAAAUAGUCCUCGUAGGUGCAUGUCCACUGUGAGAGACAUAAUCUAAAAAGAAAAUUAAACCAUAUCGAUUUGCUUAGUUUGUGGAGAGGCAGUGGAUUUGAGGACAUUAGGUGCACCGGUGCGACCUGGGAAAAUGUUAGCCGUACCCUAGAGCCCUAUGAGCUAACAGACACCAACUAGCACCCUAGGGCCCUGUGAGCUAACAGACACUAACUAGCACCCUAGAGCCCUGUGAACUAACUAGCACCCUAGAGCCCUGUGAGCUAACUAGCACCCUAGAGGCCUGUGAGCUAACAGACACUAACUAGCACCCUAGAGGCCUGUGAGCUAACAGACACUAACUAUCACCCUAGGGCCCUGUGAGCUAACAGACACUAACUAGCACCCUAGAGCCCUGUGAGCUAACAGACACUAACUAUCACCCUAGGGCCCUGUGAGCUAACAGACACUAACUAGCACCCUAGAGCCCUGUGAGCUAACAGACACUAACUAGCACCCUAGGGCCCUGUGAGCUAACAGACACUAACUAGCACCCUAGAGCCCUGUGUGCUAACAGACACUAACUAGCACCCUAGAGUCCUGUGAGCUAACAUACACCAACUAGCAGCCUACAGCCCUGUGAGCUAACAGAUGCUCACUAGUACCCUAGAGCCCUGUGAGCUAAUUACUAAUUACCGACUGCUAUCUGUUGAGUUUUCCUCCCGUCCCUCUGUCCUCUGGGACUGUCUCCAUGUAGAAACUAAGCUGUGCGGUGCAGGGAACAACUCUGAUUGGCUCAUGAUCAGACAGUGGUUUACAAAUCGGAAGAUUGGCUUUUGCAACAAAAAUCGCAUUGUUCUAUGAACGGAGUGACGUAUUUAAAAUAUUGCUCGAUUACGCAGAUUUGAUUGCGGGAAGCCCAAAUCGUGAUCAUGAUUAAACUUUGAUUAAUUGUGCAGCCCUGUUAUAAAUACAUAUCUGGCAUUUGUAGUACAUCGCUGGAAAAUCAGUUGGAAAUUCAGCGAGACAUUAAGACUUUAACUGUGGAUCGACCUUCUGCCCCAUUAGACACAUGAAAACAGCUGAUUGGAUUUGGGGGGGGGUUGCGAGCUUUUGGCUAAUUCUGGGAUUUUUAACCCAUGUAUAAUCAUUUGUUUUAUUAAUUUGAUCUGUCUUCUUCAUAAAUAAACUGAACUGAGUUGAA